CAUACGACCAUAGGGUGUGGAGAACAGGGCUUCCCGUCCGCUCAGCCGUACUUAAGCCACACGCCGGCCGCGAAUCCCGGCUGUUGUAUGUUUUUGUCGCGAGCAACAUUCCAGUAUGUUUAUUUUAAACAAGUGAGACCGGCUUUUUAG